AUGUCUAGACACAGCAAGCGCUCAACCCGCAAAGUCGGGUUCCUAGAUGCCCUAGGCCAAUGGACAAUGGGUCCCUCUCUCAACCGCAGUCGUAGCUCCCGCUGCCGUCGUCACCCACGCAGCACAUCAGCAACUCGCGAAGCUCGUCUCGCAAACGCCCCGAAAGAUCUUAACCUCACAGCUCGUCAAUGGCGUCAAUACGCUGACGUCCCUCCCGAGCCACAAGAUGAGUGCGACUGCAGUGACUGCGGUGAGGACUAUUCUGACGAUGAGCAGAAGUCGCUUGUGAGUGCGGAGCCGGUGCAGAGGAUCUGUUCCAAGUGGUCGCACUCUGAGGGGUCGGCGUUCACGCGCGAGCCGCCGGCUGUUCAUAGAGAUUCGGGGCUGAAUCGGAUUCUGGGGAGGGUUGAGGCUGAGAUGGCGGAGGAGCAGAGGCUUAGACAUCGGGUGAGUUAUGAUGCUGAUAAUGAUGCGCUGUUUGCGAAUAUUCCUCGUCGGGAUCAGAGGAGUCCAGGUGAGAUUAUCGUCCAUCGUCAUCGUCUCGGUGAUGGAGAGGACUUUCUUGCAGUUGAGACCUUUGGACACGGUGAUUCAAGCCAUCGCGACGCAGACGUUCAGUCCGUACGCUCAUCGCAGUUCUUCCUGAACCCUCGUGAAGCACCCCCCGUUCCUCAAGAUGCCUGGCCCUCAUCACUUCAGCAUGUCCCCAAGGGCACAAAGACUAGGAUUCAGUCUUGGAGGGACUGCGUCAAGAACGGGCCGGAGCCGGAGCCUUCGGUGUUUGGGGGCAGUAAUGCUCCGACGGUUUGGCCGGGGAGUGGAGAGACGGUUGUGCCGGAUGAUAGCCUUACGGAGGUUGUUGUGCGGAAUAGUCGGGGAUCUUUGCAGAGGGAAUUGAAGAGUGGUGGGAGUAGACGACAUUCGGGGAGGAAGUGA